GACCAGCUUGUACACAAACGACACUGGGUACAUCCCGACGAUUGAAAACUGCACGUUUCCGUUGUACAGUUACGACUCUGAUGAAUAUAUCGUCACUGAUAAAGGCGAACUGGAAUUAUAUGCCAAAAAUAUCAAAUUCGACGCGGCCGAUUUUAUGCUUAGAAAUGAUUCUACAGCUUUAGUUUGUUAUAAUCCGUCAAUGGAGUUAUCGUUCUUUACCAUGGACUAUAUCCAGAGUUAUCUCGCUUGGGUAUGCUCGGGAUUAUCCAUUUUGUUCUUGCUGGUGACGUUAUUAUUUUACGUGUUGUACAAGGAACUGAGAAAUCUACCAGGGAAACUCACUAUGGGUCUGGCCGCGUCUCUGAUCUUGGGCCAAGGUUUGAUGUUUCUACCAAAAUUCAGCGGAAACGUCUGCCAAUACCUAGCGGCUUGCACACAUUUUAUAUGGUUGAGCGUUUUCAUGUGGAUGAGCUGCCAAGCUUACAACAUGCUUGUUACGUUCCAUCCCAGCUUGACCAGGCGUGGUCCCUGUAGUUUCUGGAUAUACUUCACAUUAAGUGUCGUCAUACCAGGUCUCAUAGUUAUUCCGUUGUUGGUCAUGGACGUCAUCCCUGAAGAACGUGUCAUGCACGUGAGAUAUGGCGUAGUCUCGUGCACUUGGAUGGCGGAUAAAGAUGGCUACAUUUACACUUUCUUCGUUCCCGUGGCAUUGACCCUCACCUUUAAUAUCGUCUGCUUCAGCUUAACGUUGUAUUCCAUUGAAAUUACCAUGGCAACAAGCGAGGAAGUAACGGGAAGAAAACGAGAUCGUCAACGAUGCAUCAUUUACAUCAAGUUGUCGUCAGUGAUGGGUUUCUCGUGGAUAUUCGGCUUCAUCGCAUCAUUUGGUGACGUACCAGCUCUGUGGUAUGUGUACGUCAUACUAAACGGCCUUCAGGGUGUUUUUAUUUUCUUGUCGUUCAGCCUCAACACCAGAACUCGUCGUCUCUUGACCAAACGAGAGUCUGGAUAUAAAUUCUCAAGCAUAUUUAAGACUCGAUCUACAGGUACAACGGUUACGAGCUCGUCCACUCGUUCAGAUCAAUCAAAAUUUUAGAUGUCGGUGGUAAAAUGGCGUCCACCUAAAAAAAAUGUGAUCAUUUCGGGUCUUAAGCAGUAGGUGGAAACAUGAGGCCCAGGACAAAAUCCACGAGGUUGGACAAGUGACCCUACUCUUUGUCACGUACAAGCUGGAAAUAGAAACCACUCCACUUAAGGGUGAAUUAUAUAGGAUUUAAAUGAAGAGCAGAUCGUUCUCGCUAUAACCUUUAUUUUGAGCUAAGUUAUCAAUGGCUGUAGUUAUGACAAGAUGUGAGCAUUGAUUGUUUAUUAUUGUUACCACCGUACUGGUCAUUCGAGUCGACCUAGUUUCCCCAUUUUUAAAUUAAAUCAAUAAAUGGCCGAACCGUUCUAAUCUACUUAAAAUCGCAGCCAUUCGAUGGCAUCGACAGUUGAUAAGGGUUUUGUGAUGUUGAUGAAUAUCUAUUUUUAAAUUAAAUCAAUAAAUGGCCGAACCGUUCUAAUCUACUUAAAAUCGGAGCCAUUCAAUGGCAUCGACAGUUGAUUAGGGUUAUGUCAUGUUGAUGAAUAUCUAAUAUAUAUAAUAUUUAGGGCCCAAAGAAAGACGUGAAAUUGGCAGAUCUAGUAUAAAGUCUGUUUAACUCAA